AUGCUGAUCACGUGGGGUUUGGUCCAGGACUUCCUCAAAUUGAGGAAAGCCGCUCCUGUUGGUGACUUGAUCGACAAGAUCAAUUCCUCGAUUGUUCCCGCGAUCAUCAGCCUUUUUUGUUUCAUGAUAUCCGCAAAGCAAUGGGUGGGCAGUCCAAUCCAAUGUUGGUUGCCGAAAGAGUUCGCUUCAUCGUGGAAUCAAUAUGCGGAGGACUAUUGUUUCAUUCAUGAGACAUACUAUGCACCAGUUGAUGACCGCACAAAGAUCAGUCCCGAGCACAAGAGGGAGAACUCGGCCGGCUACUAUCAAUGGGUUCCAAUCUUCUUGAUCCUUUCCGCUCUUGGAUUCUAUCUUCCAUUCGUCUGCUAUCAACGCCUUCUCCGCAAGAAAGCUGGAUUGGAUGUACAGAAAUGGGUGGAGGAGUCGAUCGAGUUGAAAAAUGCGAAAUUGAAGGAUCGAGAUCAGCACGUGAAGGCUCUUGCCAACGAAUACCACAAACAACUUCAAGCGAAAAGUGUCAAGAACAGGACACUCGAUGCCGUCACCGCCUACUUGAUCUUGAAAGUUGUGUUCUGCUUGAAUCUCAUCGUCCAAAUCUACCAGAUGAAUGUCUUCUUAGGACACGACACUUUGUGGGCUGUUUGGUCUCUCUUCGGGAUGUAUGAAGGAAAGGAUUGGACCUAUCAAGGAUUCUUCCCGCGAGUCACUUUCUGUGAUUUCCGAAUCCGCGACCUUGGAAACAUCCGUCCGUACUCGGUGCAGUGUGUAUUGAUGAUCAACAUGUUCAACGAGAAAGUCUAUCUCUUCUUGUGGAGUCUCUACGUGAUCCUCUUUGUCGCCACCGCUGCCAACCUUUUCUUGACCGUUUUCAAUCAUUUCACCCCGGCCACAACCACCAACUACCUCAGGGGAAUGUUGGAGGAUUCAGACCCACAGAAGAUGACGGUGACUCUUGAUGAUGAUGAAGAUAGGGACAUGGAGGAGAAGAAGAUCCCGAAUGGAAAACAAGUUGAGAAAAAAGCUGCCGAGCAAGAUCCAAGAGUGCUCUUCACUGAUGAAAACAUCGAUGACUACUGCAAAUAUUUGGGAAGAGAGGGCGUCUUGGCCAUUCGUUUGAUUGAGGCUCACAGUGAUCGCCGUCUUUGCACUCUUCUCAAUCGCGCUCUCUUCAACAAGAUGAUCGAUGAGGUGCCCAGAAAAAGGAAGAAUGAGACAAAGGACGAGAAGAGAGAUUUUCCGGACAAUCCAAGAUAUCAGCUCUUCCCAGUCAGUGCCGAGAAAAAAAUUGGGGAUAUGGUG